CCGCUAAGCCACGUCAGCCACAAACAAUGCAUAACCGCUGCCUGGCGCUGCCAAAGCCCUACCAAUCACCAAGCGCGUCAGCCACAAAUCCGCAAGUAGUCCGCAUCAAAUCGGCCAGCUGCCCCACGUCGCGCGAAUCUCUUUCUUCCACUCAAGCAUCACUCGCUCGAUUGAGCUGGCCUCGACGCAAUGGCAGCCCUAGCCAGCGAUCUCUUUGAUGACGCGCCUCGCGAAGUCAAGGAAUACAUUUCCAACGGACCCGAUGGGUUCCAGCGAUGGGUUCAAAGCAAACUACUGGGAAGCCGCUCCCGCCCCCGCGACCGCGACCGCGACCGCGACGCAAAGAUCCGGGAACUGGAAGAAGAAAACACAAGGCUUAGAAAACAGGCUAAGGAGAAGGCCCAGCUGCAGGCUGAGAAGCAGGCUGAGGAGAUCAGACGGCAGGCCGAGGAGAACCAAAACUUGCGGGCCGAGCUUGACAAACUGCGCCAGAGCAAGAAGAAAAGUACAGCCGGACCACACGCCAAAGAGAUCGAGAAUGUCCGGGCCAAGCUAGCCAAGAAGAUAGAGGAACUAGAGGCCGAAAAGGAACGGCUCAAACAAGAGGCUGAAAAGGCCAAGAGACAGGCCAAACUUGAGCUUCGCCAACAGAAUACGGCCGGGACUGGUGAGCAGCCACAUUAG